AUGUACUUCCUUAAUCUUUGCCUGAUUUAUACCACCAUCGGCUUGGCCGUCGGUUCACCAACCUUGGAGUACGGAGCCCCACCAACUUCGGAUACGAUCAGUCAGUAUCACCAACAGGAUGAGCAUGGCCAGUACGCCUAUGGUUACAUGGCACCACUGUAUUCCAAGCACGAGACCCGCACCGUGGAUGGUGUGAUCCGGGGUACCUUCUCCCACGUCGAUGCCAAUGGCGAAACCCAGACCGUGGACUAUGUGGCCGAUGCCGAGGGCUUCCAUGUAACCUCCAAUCUGCCCAAUCAGCAGGCCAAUCAGGAAACCCCUGAAGUGGCUGCUCUGCGAGCACAGCAUUUGGAGGCCCAUAACCAGGCCAAAUUGAGGUUGGCCGGAGACUACUCCAUUGAUCCACAGCCUGUUCAGGACACUCCCGAGGUGGCCGCCGCUAAGGUUGCAUUCUUCAAGCGUUUCGAAGCCGAGAAGCUGCGCAACAAGUUGCUCGCCGAGAAGAAAGUUCUGGUGAUAGCGAAUCCAACUCCCAUCGCUGUUCGUUCCCAGCCUAUAUAUGCCUACCAGCCCACCACAGGAUUCGUGUACAACUAUCACACCAACACGCAGGACCAAGUUCCCUCCAGGAACUACCUGCCAGUGGCCUAAUCUCUGGAUUGGUCGUCUUCGAAAAAUUAUGUUAAUUGUUGAGCAAUAAA